AGAGCGGCUAUCGAGUAGACAAGAUGGCGGUGUACCCGUCUGAAUCGUUCAACUUGUCAGAAAACGAACCCACACCCGUGAAAAACCUGUGGUACGCGAUCGUGGGAAGAGCCACAAUCACAGCGCUAGCAUAUCCUUUCGAGUAUGUCAAGGUUCUCGUUCAGAUUGGACAUGAGCCCCUUCCACCAAAGCCGACGCGAAGGUUGCUUGGAAAGCCUGCACUCGCUCUUCCAGGGGCCUUUGAAUACAUGAAGUACAUCAAAAAGGUGGACGGCUACGCUGGACUGUACAGGGGGCUGAGCGUUCGGCUGGUUGGCAAUGUUGUGAGUGGUGCCGUUUUCUCCGAAGUUAACAGGAAACUUCCGGAGGUGCGUGAAUUCGAGGACGAGGAAGACGACGACGACAUUACUGAGGAGGAGCGGAUUAUCAACUUCGUCAAGCGUACCUUGAAGCUGAUGACGGCAAAGUGUGCUGCCCUUGUCUGCGCCCAGCCUUUUAACGUGGUCACGGUACGCUGCAUGGCUCAGUUUGUCGGGAGGGAAGAGAAGUAUGCAGGGAUCUUCAGCUCCAUUGGAGAAAUUUACAGGGAAGAAGGAAUCAUGGGACUUUUCAGUGGCUUGGUGCCCCGACUGAUUGGAGAAGUGCUGACGAUAUGGUUCGCGAGUACGAUAGCCUUUGUGAUCAACGCCUACAUCGUACAGGACAAGACGUUACAAAGCUACAUCAGUGCUACAACUUUGUUUCUUUCAAGUUCAGUGACAUACCCCUUUACCCUGGUGGGAACAGUGAUGGCUGUUUCUGGGAGCAGUUUACAGGCUGGCACCCCGCCCGCCAUGCCCAUCUAUCCAAGCUGGACAGAGUGCUGGAGGCACCUCAGUUCCACGGGGCAGCUGAAGAGAGGCUCGGCCAUCCUGUGGAGGUACUACCAAGGACCCUACAUUGUGGACGAGCGGGGGGUGCCCAUGCCUGCGGGAUCAGUCAAGCUGCUCAAGGCAUCUCAGUGAAGGGCUUACUCGCCCCUCCCCCCGAACAAGUGCAAGGAGCCAUCACAGGU